UCCCACUUUAGCUUUCCUUUUGUACAUUGUGUCUUCCUCAAAGUUUUUGCGAGAGUCCUGAACGGCUGUACACGCCUGUUGUCUCUGUCAUGGAGGAAAUGUUGUCCUUUUGGGAUGUAGCCAUUGAUUUCUCUCCAGAAGAGUGGGAAUGCCUGGAGCCUGCUCAGUGGGAUCUGUACAGGGAUGUGAUGCUGGAGAAUUUCAGCCACCUUGUGUUCCUGGGUCUUGCUGUCUCUAAGCCAUUCCUCGUGACAUUUCUGGAGCAAAGACAAGGGCCUUGGGAUAUGAAGAGACAAGCAGCAGCCACUGUGUACCCAGGAAUAAUACCUAAUGAUCCGAACAAUUACAGCAAGUUGACUAAUUGUAAAUCACUCCUUAUUAAACGACGAAGAAUUCAUAUAGGGGAGAAACCCUACAAGUGUGGAGAAUGUGGUAAGGCCCUUAGUUCUCAUAAAACACUUUCUAUACACCAGAGACUUCACACUGGAGACAAACCUUACAAGUGUGAAGAGUGUCAUAAAGCCUUCAGUACUCGCUCAUCACUUUUUAUACACAUGAAAAAUCAUACUGAUGAAAAAAUCUACAAGUGUGAAGAAUGUGGCAAAACAUUUUACUAUCCUUCAAUGCUGAAGCAACAUCAGAGAAUUCAUUCUGGGGAGAAACCUUGCAAGUGUGAAGAAUGUGGAAAAUCCUUUGGCUUUCCCUCAUUCCUUAAGCAACAUCAAAGAAUUCAUUGUAGAAAAAAUGCCUACAAGGAUGAAGUAUGUGUCAAAAGACUUUCCCCUCCUCUACCCCUUCAGCAAAUCCGUACUGAAGAGAAACCCUACAAGUGUGGAGAAUGUUAUAAAGCCUUUCGUUAUCACUCAGCCCUUAGGAUACACAAGACAGUUCACACUGGAGAGAAACCUUACAAGUGUGAAGAGUGUAGCAGAUGCUUUUCCUCAUCUUCCUGCCUUAAAAGACAUCAAACAAUUCACUCUGAAGACAACCCGUACAAGUGUGAAGACUGUGGCAGAUGUUUCUGCUCAUCUUCAUCUCUUAGACGACAUCAAACAUUUCAUUCUGAAGACAAUCCCUAUAAAUGUGAAGAAUGUGACAAAAGGUUUUCAUGUUCUGCAAGUCUUCAGGAACAUCAAACAAUUCAUACUGGAGAGAAACCAUACACGUGUGAAAAUUGUCACAAAGCCUUUCGUUAUCAGUCAUCCCUUAGGAGACAUAAGACAGUUCAUACCAGAGAGAAAUCCUACAAGUGUGAAAAGUGUCCUAGGGGCUUUUCCUCAUCCUCCUGCCUUGUACGACAUCAAGCAAUUCACUCUGAAGACAAUCCACACAAGUGUGUGGAAUGUGGCAAAGCCUUUGUUAAUGUUUAUAGCCUGACUCGACACAUGACAGUUCAUGCUGGAGAGAAAUCCUACAAAGGUCUUAAAACACUUAUACUUCUUCAGUCCUUAAAAGACAUCAAAUAAUUCUUACCGAAUAAAACUUUGACUGUGUAGAGUGUGGUAAAAAAAUGAUUCGUAAUCCUUCAAACCUUAUCCAACUCAAAUCAAUCCAUAGGGUAGACUAUUAAGUGAAUUAGUUUGGAAUGUCAACACCACCAUCUUACUCCCAGGAGCACAAAUUUUGAGAAUGUCAUCAGAGAACAGUAGAGACUUCUCUUUACUAUAACCUCCCAACCAGUGUGUUCUAUAGUGUGCUUGAAUAUGGCAUGGAUUGUUGCAUUUAUUUUUUUCUGUACCUACAGAUAUAAAACAAAACUGUUAUUAUUUCAUAACGUGGGUCUUAGAUCUGGGCCGUUGUAUGGUUACUGUUGUUUUCCUCAGUGGGGCCACCCAAGCUCCCUCAAUAAUGUUUCUCCUGGGCAUGUAAAAGGCUCGAUAAACUCAGAUGUCUCAUUUUUGUAAAAUGAUCUGCAUUGGUUCUCACCUAGGUUGAAUGGGCAUUAGUGUUUCUCUCUCCAGGAAAUUCAAACAGAUCACAUUGAAGUCAUAUUUAGUUUCAGAAUGAAGAAUCUUUUAUUUCCUUUGAUUUCAGAACAAUGUUUCUCAUCUUAUUCCAACUUUCAUGUCAUAGAAACUUGACAGUGAAUUGAAAUAUGGAUCCAAACCACAUGUAUGCACUCAGUAGAAGGGAUGCGUGUGAUUGGUGGAUAUGUGAUGUCAUUCUUGAAAAAAUAGUGCAGGUCUUACUUUAUUAUUGAUACAGAUCCUAAAAAGUCAUCUCAAAGUUGAGUUUACUAAUUUGGGUAAACAGUUAUAUCAUGGACAAUUAAAACCUAAAAGUGAACAAUUAAUUUUCAAAUGACUAAAUGUCUAUAGUGAACCUAAAAUUGUAGUUUUAAUCAUGCUAAGUACAAGUGGAAUUUAUGUUUGGAGAAAAGAUAAGAUGGAGAGACCAAUUUAUAUUACUCAAUCUUUAGUCAUCUGUAUAUGCUAUUGAAAUACAUCCUAAAACAUAUACCUCAAUACAAAUUUAAAAUAAACUUAGUGUAUUUAAUAUUACAUAAAAUUUAAAAUCAACUGUAAUUAUAUUUAAAAAAAAUCUUGGUCUGAGAAAUAUUGUACUGGAGCUAAAGUUGUGCAUAUUGUAGAUUUAGACUUUGAAAACUCUACCCCCACUUCCUUCCCUAUUAAGAGCCUUUCUGAGUGGAAGCCCAGGCUUGCUCACGAAUACUCUUAAAUGACUUAAUAAUAAGGAAAAGUUGUAACUCUCA